CUCGGCUGUGAAGCGCGUGCGCAGUGCGUCUUUCGGGGCUCGGGCCGUUGUCGGCCGGCGACGCGCGGCGGCGCGGCCUGGAGGGGAGAGAGAGAAGAAGGAUCCGGGCUGGGCUCCGUGGCUUUCCUGCAGCAGCUGCUAUUCCUCACCCUGAAGCCUGACCCUGAAGCCUGAGGGAUGCUUUCUCGGACUCUUGCCAUUGUUUUUUGUGAAUGAAAGAAAGAACUAAAGAUGGCGGGUAGAAGACUCGAGGAGUCCAUGGGGGCUGUUCAGAUGGGGUUAGUCAGAAUGCUGAAAGGGUUCCAAAGCAAGGUUUUGCCACCCUUAAAUCCAAAGUUGGUUACAAAAGAAGAAGUAAAUCGAAUGCUGACACCCUCGGAGUUCCUGAAGGAAAUGUCCCUCACCACAGAGCAGAGACUGGCUAAUACACGUUUGAUGUGCCGACCACAGAUCAUCGAACUUUUAGAUAUGGGGGAAACAACACACCAAAAGUUUUCAGGAAUUGACCUGGAUCAGGCAUUAUUCCAGCCCUUUCCAUCAGAAAUUGUGUUUCAGAACUAUACUCCCUGUGAAGUCUAUGAAGUUCCACUGGUUUUGAGAAACAAUGACAAAAUUCCAAGGAUGGUGAAAGUUGUUGAGGAAAGUUCGCCUUACUUUAAAGUAAUCAGCCCCAAAGACAUUGGCCACAAAGUAGCUCCAGGAGUGCCGUCCAUAUUCCGAAUCCUCUUCACUCCGGAGGAGAACAAGGAUUAUGCCCAUAUGUUGACCUGCAUAACUGAAAGAGAAAAGUUUAUUGUACCCAUCAAAGCAAGAGGUGCACGAGCCAUCCUAGAUUUUCCUGACAAGCUGAAUUUUUCCACUUGCCCUGUCAAAUACAGCACUCAGAAGAUUCUGCUGGUACGAAACAUUGGCAACAAAGAUGCUGUGUUUCGCAUCAAAACUCAUAGGCCUUUCUCCGUAGAGCCACCUGUUGGAACUCUUAAUGUGGGAGAGUCCAUGCAACUGGAAGUGGACUUUGAGCCACAGACUGUGGGCAAUCACAGCAAAAGACUUAUUGUGCAUUAUGACACAGGUGAAAAAAUAUUUCUGUCUCUUUAUGGAGCUGCCAUAGACAUGAAUAUAAGGCUGGACAGGAAUUCCUUGAUCAUUGAGAAAACCUACAUAUCUCUGGCCAGUCAGCGAACUGUAACUAUUCACAACCGCAGUAACAUCAUUGCCCAUUUCCAGUGGAAGAUAUUUGCUACCCAGGAAGAGGAAGACAGAGAAAAGUAUAGGGUCUGUGAUGAUCUGAGCAAAGAGGAAAAGAAUGAGACUGAUGAGUUUCUUGAAGAGUGCGUUAUUGAUCCUUCACUCCGAGAACGUCUUUCCAUUUUGUCCCACACCUUUGAGAAUCAGAGGAAGCUGGUUCAGGAAGACAGCAUGCUCUUCUUAAGUAACAUUUUCACUAUUGAGCCACUGGAAGGUGAUGUCUGGCCUAACUCAUCAGCUGAAAUCACUGUGUACUUUAAUCCCCUGGAAGCCAAGCUCUAUCAGCAGACAGUUUACUGUGACAUUUCAGGCCGAGAGAUCCGUCUGCCCCUCCGAAUCAAAGGCGAAGGAAUGGGGCCAAAGAUUCACUUCAAUCUUGAACUGCUGGACAUUGGAAAAGUUUUCGUUGGAUCUGUACAUUGUUAUGAGGCAGUACUUUCCAACAAAGGCAGCAUUGAUGCUCUCUUCAACGUGGGCCCUCCAACUUCGGCUUUGGGGGCCUGCUUUGUUUUCAGCCCCAAGGAAGGCAUCAUCGAACCAAGUGGAGUCCAGGCGGUCCAGAUCUCUUUCAGUUCUUCCAUUCUGGGGCACUUUGAAGAAGAGUUCCUGGUCAAUGUCAAUGGGUCCCCUGAGCCUGUGAAACUGACCAUUAGAGGCUGUGUCAUUGGACCUACCUUCCACUUUAAUGUUCCUGCUCUGCACUUUGGCGAUGUUUCCUUUGGUUUCCCUCAUACCUUGAUAUGUUCCCUCAAUAAUACCUCCUUAGUCCCCAUGACCUUCAAACUGCGCGUCCCUGGAGAUGGCGAUGGCCAGAAAAGCAUUUCAAGAUGUGAGCAGUAUUCAGACAACAAAAGACCGCUUUGGAACAAGGACGAAAGACCCAUAACGAAACCAAAAGAAUUCACCAUCACUCCCAGCAGUGGCACCAUUCGCCCCCAAGGAUUUGCUGCUAUCAGGGUGACCUUAUGCUCCAACACCGUGCAGAAAUAUGAGCUGGCCCUGGUGGUGGACGUGGAGGGCAUCGGGGAAGAAGUGCUGGCACUCCUAAUCACAGCCAGGUGUAUCGUACCUACCCUCCACAUGGUGAACACAGAGGUGGACUUUGGGCGCUGCUUCCUGAAGUACCCCUAUGAGAAAACGGUCCAGCUUGUCAAUCACGAUGACCUCCCAGGAUGCUAUGAGGUUCUACCUCAGGUACAUGAAGACAUGCCGGCUGUGUUACUCUCCAGUCCUAUCCCCUGUGGAGUCAUCCCCCCCCACAGCACCAUUCACAUACCUCUGGCCCUGGAGACCCAGGUCACUGGGGAAUAUAGGUCCAUAGUUUACAUCUCAACCUUUGGGAGCCCGGACCCCCCUAUGGUAUGUCACUUAAAGAGCAUCGGAGAAGGCCCAGUUAUCUAUGUACAUCCCACUCAAGUUGAUUUUGGCAAUAUCUACGUCCUGAAAGACUCCUCGAGGAUUCUCAACCUAUCUAACCAGUCCUUCAUCCCCGCGUUAUUUCAGGCACGCAUGGCACACAAAAAAUCCCUUUGGACAAUUGAACCCAAUGAAGGCAUGGUUCCCCCGGAAACUGAUUUUCAGCUGACGCUGACAGCCAACCUGAAUGACAUACUGACAUUCAAAGACACAGUUAUUUUGAGCAUAGAAAAUAGCAACACCUACCGGAUUCCUGUCCAGGCUUCAGGAGUUGGUUCCACCAUUGUUUCAGAUAAGCCCUUUGCUCCAGAACUCAAUUUGGGAGCACAUUUCAGCCUGGACACCUAUUAUUACCGCUUCAAGUUGACCAACAAGGGACGUCGGGUCCAACAGUUGUUCUGGAUGAACGAAGAUUUCCAUCCACAGAACAAGCUGAGCAAGAAGGGCCUGGCUAAGAAGGGACUUGCUAAGAGCCAGCCCCGACCCCGGCACUUCCAGGAGCCCGGCGCCCCACAGAGCCCCGUGUUUCAGAUCCACCCAGUCAGAAUGGAGCUGUACCCAGACCGGACGAUCGAUGUGAUACUUGAAGGCUAUUCUGCUACUCCCAGGAUAGUCAAAGAAAAGCUGGUGUGCCAUGCCAUCAUCGGGGCACAGAAGGGGAAGAGCUUGCUGAUGACUGUGAAUAUCAUCUGUGAGUUUAUAGCGCCACUUAUCCAGCUCUCCACCAAACAGCUCAUAUACCGACUGGAGAAGAAACCAAACACUGUCCUGGAACCUGAUUACCAGCCGUUGGUCAUGAAGAACAUUUCCACCCUGCCCGUGAAUGUGUUGCUCUCCACAAGCAGACCCUUCUGUAUCUGUGAGACUGAUAAAUCUCCACUGCCAUUAACUCCUGAGCCUAUCAAACUGGAGAUUGAUGGAGAAAAAAACUUGCUGGUCAAAUUUGACCCUUCCUAUAGAAAUGACUUGAACAAUUGGGUAGCAGAAGAAAUUCUAGCAAUCAAGUAUGUAGAGCACCCUCAAGUAGACAGCCUGAGACUGCGUGGAGAAGUGAACUACCCCAACCUCAGCUUUGAGACCAUGGAGCUGGAUUUUGGCUGCAUCCUGAAUGAUACAGAGGUGAUCCGAUAUAUAACAAUCACCAAUUGCAGCUCCUUGGUUGUGAAGUUCCGCUGGUUCUUCCUGGUAGACAACGAGGAAAAUCAGAUAAGGUUUGUGCCACAGCCAAGGAAGCCCACCAGUGCCCCCCUGUCCCAGGUGGAAUCCAUCCCAGUGACCUCAGCUUCUGCCAGCUCUCCAGCAAUGCCAGUAACAGAGUCCCCUGAGAUGGAGCUAAAUGGUUUUGUUAAGACUAUCCUCAUGGAUGAAGAUGUCAGGCCUGAAGAAGGACAAUACAAAAAAGCACAAGCGCCCAUCAUGAUCAUCUCCGAUGGAUUAAGUUUUAACUCUGCUGAAACUGAAAGAAUAAACCCAAACCAGAGCCAGGUGGAGUCUCAGGAACCCCCAUGGAGCUUUGAACGGGAAGAAAUGCUUCCCAUUGGGGUAGAAGAAGUGUUUGAUAUCCUGCCCCUAUAUGGAGUGCUGAAGCCGCACAGUAGCCACCAGAUAUCGUUCACCUUCUACGGACACUGUGACAUCAUUGCACAGGCUAAAGCCCUGUGUGAAGUAGAAGGAGGGCCCACCUAUGAGAUCAUGCUGAGGGGAGAGGCAUCCCUGGUCAACUACUCCUUUGACACCAAGGAUAUUAACUAUGGAUUACAGCUGUUUGAUCACGUCACAGAGAAUGAAAUCACGCUGAAGAACACUGGGAAAGUUGGCUUUGAGUUCAAGGUUCUGACUGACCCCCUGUCUUCGCCAGACAACCUUCUGCCUGGAGUGCCCCUAAUCGUGCCCAUCUCAGGUUUUAUCAGUGCACAUAAAGAGCAGGUAUUGAAGGUUUACUACUUACCUGGAGUACCUGAGAUCUUUCAAAGGAGUUUCCAGAUACAGAUUGCCCACCUGGACCCAGAAAACAUCACUCUGCGUGGUGAGGGAAUCUUUCCCCGAAUCAGCCUCGAUCUCCCCAGGAAACUUCAAGGUAAUACUACCUACUAUAGUAUUUUUCCACUGGGGAACAAAAGGUACAUUUUAGCUUUGCUUAUUUGAAGGCUGAUUGGUACUCACAUGAUUUGUUUGGUACUCACUAAGUUCCUGUGUCAUUCCUCAUUUCUUAAAAAACAAAAAAACAAAAAAACAAAUUCGAGUUGAAAUUGAUUUGGUGACCU